AACCGACAAGUAUAGGCAUCUAGAGUGCAUGCGCUGAAUGUUGAAUGUGUGUGUGUCUUUAAGCAUUUGAGUGUGUGAUUUCUGGUUUGACUGGUUUUUCUCUAAGAGAAAGUGAUAGCAAGUGUUUUAAAAACUAUUUACAAGAGACAAAUCAGGUGAGUAUUUUACUAAAUAUAAUCAUUUGUGUUUAUUUUAUUUAACAUGUACCAAACUAUUUGUAAUAAAAGGCAUUCUGUUUCUUUUAUGUAUAGUAGAGCAGUUGUUUCUUUGCAGGGAUGAAGCUGGUUGGUGUGGCGCUGAUGUUUUGUGCAGUUACAGAUUUAAGAUCAGAGGUGUAUAAUGUUGUGGGACCUGCAGAACCUCUUUUUACUCUCACUGGUGAAGAUGUGAUCCUGCCCUGCUCCAUCAAGCCCAACACCAGUGCUGUAAACAUGAGAGUGGAAUGGUUUAGACUUGACCUACAAGACUCAAUAGUGUAUCUCUAUGAAAAUGGUGAAAACAAAAUCACGAAGCAGAACCAAUACUUCAGAGGAAGAACAGAACUGUUCCAAGCAGAACUGCAGAAUGGAAACGCAUCACUCAAACUCUCAUCUGUCCAAGUCUCUGAUGAAGGAGUUUACAAGUGUUUUAUUGAGUCCAACUCCUGGUAUGAUGACAUCACUGUUAGUGUUGAUGUUGGAGCUGUAGGGACUCCUCCACUGAUCAUUGUAGAGGAUUUCGAUCAUUUAGGAGGGCUUCGUCUGCUGUGUGAAUGUGAAGGUUGGAACCCUAAACCUGAGCUUCAGUGGCUGGACAGUAAAGGAGAGAAUUUGGCUUCUGAUACUGAAGAGACACAAAAAGAUGCGAAGGGCUACAACGUGAAACGCAGGAUCACUGUACAUGACAGUGAAACCAAGUAUCAGUGUAGAAUCAAACUGAGACAUCAUAUGGUGCAAACUGACAUUAUUGUCUCAAGUCAGAUGUUUCACAUUUGGAGAACAUCGGUCAUUUGGAUAUCAAUUACAGUUGUUCUCAGCAUCAUUACUGCAGUUGCAGUUGCUACCUUUGUUUACAAAAGAAGAGUACGCUAUUUGAGGAGGAUCCAAAAAGAGUUCGCAAAGAGAAGGAAAUAUGCAGCGGAUGUGACACUAGAUCCAGAUACAGCUCAUAAUUGUCUCAUCUUGUCUGAAGAUGGGAAACAAGUGCGACGUGGAGAAAAAAAACAGAAUGUCCCAGACAACCCUGAGAGGUUUAAUAAAUGUGGGAAUGUCUUGGGAAAGCAGGGAUUCUCAUCUGGAAGGUUUUAUUUUGAGGUGCAGGUGAAGGGGAAGACUGAUUGGGAUAUAGGAGUGGCCAGAAAAUCCAUUACCAGAAAGGGGAAGAUCACACUGAGUCCUCAGAAUGGUUACUGGACAGUGCGCUUGAGAAAUGGGAACCAGUAUAGUGCCUGUGCAGGACCCACUGUCUCUCUCUCCCUGAAAGUUAAGCCUCAGAAGCUGGGUGUGUUUGUGGAUUAUGAGGAAGGCUUAGUCUCUUUUUAUGAUGUGGAGUCCAGGACUCAUAUCUACUCUUUUUCUGAUCAGUGGUUCACUGAGGAUCUCUAUCCGAUCUUAAACCCAUGUACAAACAUUAAAAACAAAUACUCUGCCCCACUGAUCAUCUCAUCUGUAGAUUUCAAAGAGUGAAUAAACUGACUUAUAAAUGUAAAAUAAAAAUAAAAUUAUUUAAAUAUAUAUUAUAUAAAAUGUAUCAAAAACAUUGCAUUCAAGGUAUAAUUUUUUUCUGGUCUUGGGUUCACUGGGAAUUAAAUCCAUGUGAAUUUACUACAGCCUUUGCAAAGAAAAGAUAAGUACGUACAUGCAUUGUCUAGUAUGAUAAAUCAGUUUUAAUUUAAAAGAAAAAUUUCAACCACUGCUGACAUCUUGUUUUCAACACUGCCUCUUAAAUUAUGUAACUCUUUGUAAAGUGCAUUUCAAUGUGAUGUUUUUAGUCCCUUAACAAGUCAUAAGUAUAAUCUGUUGUGAAAAUGUAUAACCUAAUAAACAAGCCAUGAUUAAAACAGUGAAUUUUUAAAUCUGCUCAGGUCACAGAGUGUCAAAACGAGCUUAUUUGUAUCUGGACUUUAUUUUUUAUAGGUGGAAGACAAAGUUCCCACAUACAACCUGCUAACAUCACACAAUUUUUGAAUGAUUGAGAAUUUGUUUUACUGAUGUGUGGUGUGUGGACUGAAAGAGUAACUGCCCUUUACUUUUAAAAAAUAUUUUAUUCUAAACAUGAUCAUUGAUUUUAAGAAUUAUCGCACCACUGGUAAUAUACUUUUAGCAAAAGUGACAUACUGGUGUAAAGUUUGACACAACAAAUAUAAGAAAUCUCAUCCACUAUGAAUAUGAGGAUUUUUCAAGCGACUCUUUACACAUCUUCCUAGAGUACUACAUAUUGUCUACUGAUAAAUUUAUAUGUUGGAAAUAAGAUGGA